AUGGAAAAAGAGAGAAAACAAAUGGAACAGGAGAGACAAGAAAAAGCCAAAGAACUCCAGGAAAUGGAGGAGAAAAUUAGGUUCGAACAAGAGAGAAGAAGAAAAGAAGAACAAAUUAGAAAUGAAGAAGAAAUCAAUAAGAAAAAGGAAGUAGAAAGAUAUCGGGAGAAUUUUAACAAACAGAUUGAAAUUGUGGAUAAACAAAUUCAGUCAGAAAAAGAGGAAAAGACAAAUGUCGACAGAAAGCUGGAAGAAAGCAGAGAACAGCUGAGAAAACAACAAGAAGAGUGGGAGAAAGAACAGAAAGAAUGGUGGGAGAAACAACGACAAGAAGAAGAGACGAGACGAGAGGAAGAGCAAAAAAUCAAAGAGCUUGAAGAAAAGUACGAACAAGAAAAGCAAAUAUAUGAAAACAAACUUAAGGAGGAUCACCUCAGAAGAGAACAGGAGGAAAAGGAGAAGAAAGAACUGGAGGAGAAACAUAAGAAAACCCUGGAGGAGAUGAAGAAAAAACAUGAAGAGGACGCCAGAAAGGCAGCUGAAAAUGCCAAUGAAUCCCAAAAGAAACUUGUGGAGGAAUUAGCUUAUCAGAAGAAAGAAUAUCAGAAGGAAAUGAAUGAGUUACUGAAACAUGUCAUCAAAAGGAAUUCCAGUUAUUACAGGAUCAAGAGAUUACUGGAAAAACAGGAAAAUGAAAUGAAGAAAGUGAAGGAUGAGGAUAAAAAAGAGGAACUCCAGGAAACACAUGAAAAAGAAUUAGUGACGCUUAUGCAAGAAAUCUUAUCAGAAAAGAUCAAUGACGCAUCAGCCUGCAGCGUUAUGUGAUAAGAAACGAACAGUUUCAGAUGCUUCAUUUUAUGUCAGUAAAAACAAAACAAAAAUGAAUCAGUACUUCUUUAAAGUUCUGUUUACUUCCCCAUAUUUUGCAGCACAUAGAAAACACUUCUGGACAUUCAUUAUUUUCUAAAGCUAAAUACAUGUAUUCAUUUCCAAUGAAUACACAAAAAACAAUCGAACAAUAUAAGGGUAUGUUACAGAACUCCAUUUGUUAGCUUACAAAAACACUAAAGACAAGUUAUUAUACAAGCACUUCUUCACAUAAUUAUGUAAUUUAUUUCUGUCACCAAUUACAAUGAACAAUCACAGCAGAAUUUAUUAGUUCAACACAAAUCUCUGACGUCAGAUGCAGCCAGGCCACAAAAUGAUCCGAAAAGGGGAAAAAUGAAUUAUAAUAGUAAAAACAGUCAAUAAAAAAUCACAGUGGAUCGACAUGUUAUUUGAUUAUUACAGUAAACAAUAUGGCAGAAAGCUGUAAUACAGUUUUGUGUGAUCAUAAUAUACUUCGACUGCUAGUUAAUAGAGACUUAAUAAUGAGACAUGUAACUAUAGUUGUGUCUAAAUAUGAAAAGACAGUGGUAUAAUACAGCUGUUAUCACAACACAGUAUAUGUGUAUCAAGUAAGACUGUACUCAGACUGGCUAAUAUUAUCCAUCCAUCCAUUCGCUACCGCUUAUCCUUUUCAGGGUCGCGGGGGGUGCUGGAGCCAAUCCCAGCUGUCAUAGGGCGAGAGGCGGGGUACA